CUGCUCCAAGGACAGGAAGGCCUGCUCCAUCCUGUUCACAUCCUCAGGGAGGCGUUGCUACUCACUGAAAACAUUUUCAAGUGCAUCUCCCACUUUCCUGUCACUCAGAAUGGCCCCGAGCAAUCGGAAAUCAGCCACAACGGCCGAGGUAGUUCUCGUGCCACUCAAGAACUGUCUCGUCAACCUUCCGCCAUCCCUGGUCUCUCUUCUGGUCAAUGCUAAUACACCCGCCCAAAAUGUCAUCGUUGAAUUGCAGUACCGAGCUUCCUCGCCGGGUUCCAGUUCGCCUGGGACCGCUUCGUCACAGAGAUAUGCAUAUACUGGAUGGACAGGAAUGCCGAGUAAACGAAAGCUAAACCCCGUCAUUGGCAAAAAUAGCAUGAAUAGUUCCCGAGGGGUGUCUAGGGAUCAAGAAAUUACCGUAGUCGAGAUCGAUUCUAUCUUCGGAAGAGUGCUAGGGCUGAAUGAUGGUCAAAAGGUUGGCCUGCUUUUACAUAUUGAUCCACCAGUAGCUCAUACAAUCAAUAUCGAACCGUUAACCCCAACAGAUUGGGAAAUUAUUGAGCUUCAUGCCAACUUUCUGGAGCUGAAUCUCCUUUCCCAAAUCCGCGCUCUUCCAAAUCCUUCCUACAGCACCGCGCCAUCUGGGCAAGCCGAGAAGGCCCAUCCUCUCACCCUACACCUCUCCCCAACCUCAACGGCAAACAUUAUAAUUACAUCACUAACUCCUGCCGCACCUUCUUCUUCUCCGUUUGCCAAAAUAGCGCCUGAUGCUGAAGUUAUCGUCGCCCCGAAGGUGCGCCCUAAGUCUGCAAGACCCACUCGUGGAGAGAACCGCAGCGUUGCAAGCACCGGCCGGAAAAGUAUUGGAGGACGCAGCAGUAGUAGUACUGUUCGGCCAAAAAGUCGAGAUUCUGAAUCCUCGUCCCGAGGAGCUGUGUACCUCCGCGGCGUUGAUAGAGGGUUGGCAUCGAAUUGGUUCAACGAAGAAGUAGGAGAAAGCAGCAACGAAGGGCUCAAAGUAUGGAUCCAUCGUGAUGUUCUUGCAAAAUAUGAGCUACGAGGAGCGGCGUAUGUGUGUGUGUCAGUCGUUCGUCCUGCCGGUUUAUUACCGCCGGUUGACCCCCAGCAACAAAUCCAGCAGAAGGAACAAGAGUCUGCAGAGGCCGGCGAGAUUACAAGAAAGGUUAUAGCAAAGGUUUAUCCUUGGGACGAAAGUCCUGACUUUAGCCAUGCCGCACUAUCUUCUGUGCUAUGCUCCACUCUUGGUUCAGAUGAUAUGGUAGGAGGAGUCAUUCGAAUUGAGGCUGCGCCAUCUCAAAGACCUUCGAUUAAAUCCGUGAAAAUAUUUCCCUUCAGUGUUGACGCUUCAAAGAAGAAAGAAGGCCUUAAAUUUGGAGGGGAAUCUGCAGCCUAUAAAGAAGCUUUGGUUGAACGAGUAAAGGCCGUAUACGGUGACCCAAGUUCAGAUGUCGGAAUCCUAGGAGGGCCGAUAACAGACGGUAUGAUUCUACCGACAUUGGAAGACAAAACUAGAUCUCUCGAUUUCGAAGAAGCAAUGAUUCGUUUUGACCCUCCUCCAAGCACAUCUGCCGACGGCAAAGCCACGAUUGGGUGGGUUCUGGGCUCGGACUCAGGAUUCACUCUUGAAAUUCAACCGGCAAUCGGAAAACCAAUGGAGACGAGUCUCGUAUCAGUUCCAGUUGACGAGAGGGUGCCGAAAGAGAUACCAGAAAUGGUCGGCAUCGACUCCGUCAUUAAUAAUUGCAUGUCAAACCUGACACGUUCGUCAUCAAUUCUCGUAACCGGAGGCUUGGGUUCUGGGAAGACCUCGCUCUGUUACGUUUUGGGGCGACAAUUACAGGAGGAUUAUCUGUUUAACGUUUCCUACUUCCCCUGCCGGAAGCUAGUUACAGACGAAACACGCAUUUCGAUGAUCAAAGAUACCCUGCACCGGUUGUUCUUGUCUGCUUCUUGGUGUGCAAGGCUUGGUGGUCGAUCGAUUGUCAUUCUAGACGAUAUUGACAAGCUUUGCCCUGUUGAAACUGAACUUCAGGUCGGGGGAGAGAACGGUCGAAGUCGGCAAGUCAGUGAAAUCUUUUGCUCCAUUGUCCGAGAAUUUUGCUCCGCCAACUCUCCAGUUGUCCUCUUGGCUACAGCGCAAUCCAAAGAGUCAUUGAACAAUGUCAUUAUAGGUGGUCAUGUUGUUCGAGAAAUUGUGAGCCUAAAGGCUCCAGAUAAAGAAGGAAGAAGAAGAGUUCUGGAGAAGUUGACAAGUGAAGACAAGCCGCCUGGAACCAUUCCCAACAAAAUUAAUGGCUAUUCUCAUAGUCGCAAACCGUCCUCCCAGGAUUCUUGGUUGGAUCCUUCUAACCCGGCAACUAGGCCUGGCUCUGCAGACAAAGAGGAUGGUUUUAUUUUGAGCCGUGAUAUAGAUUUUCUUGAUUUAGCGGGCAAAACAGACGGUUAUAUGCCUGGGGACCUUGUUCUCCUUGUCUCCCGCGCAAGAAACGAAGCAUUAAUUCGCACGGUCCAGGAUUUUACAUCUUCCUCCUCAGCUAUCACUCUUGGAACGGAAGACUUUGAGAAGGCCUUGAAAGGCUUCACUCCCGCUUCACUUCGCAAUGUUACUCUAACCUCUUCCUCCACGACCUUUGCGGCUAUCGGAGGCCUGCAUGGCACUAGGAAGACUCUUCUCGAGACACUCCAAUAUCCAACUAAAUAUGCGCCUAUAUUUGCUCAGUGCCCCCUUCGUUUGCGGUCUGGCCUCCUGCUGUAUGGAUUUCCCGGGUGUGGGAAGACGCUUCUUGCAAGUGCCGUCGCUGGAGAAUGUGGUCUCAACUUUAUAAGCGUGAAAGGCCCUGAAAUCCUCAACAAGUACAUUGGCGCAAGUGAAAAGAGCGUUCGAGAUUUAUUCGAGAGAGCAGAGGCGGCCCGACCAUGUAUUCUCUUCUUUGAUGAGUUCGACAGUAUUGCACCAAAGCGUGGCCACGAUUCCACAGGUGUAACCGAUCGGGUUGUCAACCAGCUUCUUACUCAGAUGGAUGGUGCAGAAGGCUUAUCGGGAGUCUAUGUUCUUGCUGCGACGUCGCGCCCGGAUCUAAUUGACCCGGCGUUACUCCGUCCUGGUCGUCUUGAUAAAUCACUUCUCUGCGAUAUGCCCAAUCACGAUGACAGAGUGGAUAUUAUAACGACGUUGGCGAAGAAAUUGAAGCUUAGUGACGAGGUUAUGGAACGUAUUGGCACCAUAGCCGAUCGGACGGAAGGAUAUUCUGGCGCCGAUCUUCAAGCUGUUGUGUACAAUGCACACCUGGAAGCCAUUCACGACGCAUUGGGCGACAGAUCCUCAGACAAACCGCAGUCCAAAUCUACGCCGAUGCCGAACGGUGUGGAUGAAGCCGGUGGCAACCAAAAGGCAGUCAAAACUUUUAUUCAAUUCCUGUAUGAUCCAGAUGAGCACGCUCUCGCCACCUCAGCCGGACGGGGCCGUGCUUCGGCAACGGCACCUUGCCUAAGCCCACCUGCGGUCAUCGCGGCAAAAUUAGAGGCGUUAAAGAAUAUUAGACGACGACAGCGGGAAAUAGAGCGCGGCCUCUCAUCCGAUAUGUCAGCCGAGGACACGGUUAAUGGCGCUGACCCCGUGUCGGAUAAUGACAAGGAUGGCAGCAAUGAAAUCCAUAUUGAGUGGGUGCAUAUCGAGCGCUCAUUGGAGACUACACGGUGCUCUAUUAGUGAUGUUGAGAGGAAAAGAUUAAAUGCCAUUUAUCGUGAGUUCAUUGAGGGACGCAAUGGGGAGAUGCCAACUGGCGAAGGGGCAAGGGAAAUCGGGGGAAGAACAAGUUUGAUGUAA